ACUUACGUAUGUACGUUACCUUACGCAUGCGCGGAGAUAUCGUGUUUGGAAUGACUCCGGCAGAAGCCGUCAUUCAGUGAUGUGACUUCGAGACUUAUCAUUUUUUCCUGCAGAAUGGCUUGUCUUGGUUUUAGGUCACUGAUGCACGUCCACCAUUAUAGCUCUGGUGUGCGCUUGAACGAUGUUGUAAUUGCCUCAGGUGUGCGUACACCCAUUGGCUCAUUUGGAGGUUCUUUGUCAUCUGUUUCUGCACCACGGUUGGCAGCAGUGGCUAUUCAGGGAGCGAUUGAGAAGGCAGGCAUCCCCAAGGAGGAGGUCAAGGAGGUACUGAUGGGUAACGUGCUACAGGCAAAUGUGGGCCAGGCCCCAGCACGGCAGGCCGCACUCUUUGCAGGGCUACCCAGGUCAACAAUCUGCGCUACAAUAAACAAGGUUUGUGCGUCAGGGAUGAAGAGUGUCAUGCUGGGGUCUCAGGCCCUCAUGUGUGGUCUGCAGGAUGUGGUGCUGGCAGGCGGAAUGGAGUCGAUGUCAAAUGUCCCAUUCUACAUGGCGCGGGGCGAGACCAGCUACGGUGGAGUGAACCUCAGUGAUGGUAUUGUGCAUGACGGACUGACUGACGUCUACAAUAGCAUCCACAUGGGAAAUUGCGCGGAGAACACAGCAAAGAAGCUUAAUAUCACGAGAGAUGAGCAGGACGAGUUUGCCAUCAGCAGCUAUACGCGCAGCGCACAGGCAUACAAAGAUGGCGCAUUCACUGAUGAAUUGGUACCUGUAUCAGUGAAGCAAAAGAAAGGAAAGCCUGAUGUGGUGGUGACCGAGGAUGAAGAGUAUAAGCGAGUCAGCUUAGACAAGUUUAAGAAACUUUCUACUGUUUUCCAGAAGGAGAAUGGCACUAUUACGGCAGGCAACGCUUCCACUCUGAAUGAUGCCGCGGCAGCUCUGGUACUGAUGACAACGCAGGCAGCUGAACGGCUUGGCUGUAAGCCUUUGGCUCGUGUAUUGGGGUUUCAGGAUGCGGCGACUGAGCCCAUUGACUUCCCUCUUGCACCAGUGCUUGCAGUUCCCAAGCUGUUGGAGAACUGUGGUGUGAAGAAAGAUGAUAUUUCACUGUGGGAAGUGAAUGAGGCCUUUAGUGUUGUUGUGUUGGCAUUCUUAAAGUCUUUGGAUAUUGACCCAAGCAAGACAAAUGUCCAUGGUGGAGCUGUGAGCUUAGGGCAUCCCAUAGGGAUGUCUGGGGCACGCAUUGUUCUGCACCUGAUGCAUGCCCUCAAGCCUGGGGAGAAAGGGGUUGCUGCCAUCUGCAAUGGUGGAGGUGGAGCAUCAUCCAUCAUGAUAGAAAAACUACAGGUGAAUGGCCAGGAUCUGCCAGAAUUGACUCUGUUCACGAAGAACCCCUGCCCCUUAUGUGACACUGUCAAGAUGCAACUGGCCCCGUUCAGGCAUAGAGUCCGACUUACGCAGGUUGACAUUGAGGCGCCGGAGAAUGCUCACUUCAAGGAGCUGUACCGCUAUGAGAUACCGGUUGUGUUUCUAGGGGGGCAGUACUUGUGCAAGAAUAAGCUGGAUGUGGUGGCAUUGGAGACAAUGCUUUGCUCACUGGAGUACUGACGGUAAGAAAUACAUUUUGAGCCCAUCCACAACUCCAUAUCCAGGAACUUGCAUUGUGGUUAGGUUGAACUUCACAGCCCUGUGGAUCUUAUGUGUAUUCAGCUGCCAUUUUCCUGUAAGAAUAAGAUGUCUGUUGAUGGAUGAUUUUUGCCUGUACUAAAUAUUUUUCCUGUAAGAUGUGGUUUUAUAAGUUUUACCAACUUGUAGUUAGUGUUAUAUUGUUAAAUAGUAGCCAUAGCAUCUUUAGAUCUAAGAAGAUUGCAAAAUACAACAAUAGUAAACUCUUAUCUGCAGAUUCUGUAUCUUAAGGUGAAUAUAUGAGAUGCAAGGAACCAAAAAUAAAGUUUAAAGGGAUCUUAAAAUU